AUGCGGGCCGUUCUGGCUGCCCUGCAGGUUCGAUACUGGCCUGGCGAAGGGCUCAAGAGCGUCGUCAUCGCUACCGACUCGGAAUACGUCUUCAAGGGCGCGACUGAAUGGGUGUAUCGUUGGCAGCAAUACGGCUGGUACACGGCUAGAGGACUGGUCCGGAACAAGGAUCUCUGGCUGGCGCUCUGGGCUGAGCUCGACAAGCUGGCUGUAUUGGGACUGCAGCUGUAUUUUUGGAAGAUCCCACGGGAUCUCAACGCAGAGGCCGAUCUUUGGGCGCGAGAGGGUGCUAUUCAGGACGAGGAACCUUCGUUUAGGAAGAUCUUUAGCGUCCUGUCGUAA